CAAACAUUACAACCUCUUCACUUCACACUUCAUAGCCAUAGGACAUGGCUUCUCUGCUUCUUCCACUUGGUAGCUAAUUCUGUUGGGGAGAUAAUACCUGUGGGGACUCCAAUUGAGGUCUUGGUAUAAAAUAUAAGGACACCAGUUAACCCAUUUAAGAUAUGGGUGUGGGCUCAGUUAUGUUUCAUGAUUCUCAUUAUGUCAUUCAUUCAGGUUCUGCUUUUGGCAAAGGUCUGUUUGCCAACCAUCAAAGCAUUUCCAGUGACAGGGUUCAAGGUCUAGUUGUGCGAUGCUCAACUUUGGACCUUAAAGCUGAAGCUUCAAGGGCAAGUGAAUGGAGAGAUGAGUUCAAUGUAAUUAAGUGUAGGGAUCUUAUGGGAUUGGUUUUUGGAUUGUCAGGCCUCUUUAUAGACUCAUUUGAUGCCAAGGGAGCUGGCUUGCCCCCAGAGCAGAAGCCAAGACUAUGUGAUGAUACUUGUGAGAAAGGGCUUGAAAAUGUAUGGACUUGCUCUUUAAUGAAGGUACCCAUCGUAACUACAGAGUCUGGUUUGCAAUAUAAGGAUAUUAAAGUUGGUGAAGGCCCUAGUCCACCAGUUGGAUUUCAGAUGUGCAAAUUAGCCUGGCUCACAAAUUAGUACUUUUUUCGUUUUUCCUGCUAAGGCAUUGGAUAACCUAAAUAUAAAUUUAAGUAGCUAUAAAAAGGUUUAUAAAUUAGUUUCUGGCUUGCACAAAGAAGUUUGUGUCUGCUAUUCAAGUAAGCAUUGGAUUUUUACACUAGAUGAACUUCUUAAGAAGCUACACCAAAUCUAGCUAAAGGAUGGGUCACUAGGAAUACAAUGAAGCUUGACUUGCACUUGAGCAAUGUUCAGAAUCAACGGGUGAAUAGCUUUGGUAUGUCAUAUA